AACCACACUUUUUCCGGCACCACUAGCACUGAGCAACAGUUCAGAAGGUUUGUCCCCUUGAAUACUUUGGUGUUGUCUUUGCAAUGACAGUGUUACCCGUUGAGGUAGUUUUAUUCAUUUUCAUUCAAAUAAUUGAUGUACUAUGAAAAAAUUGCGUCGGGUGCGGUCUACCUUCGCAAAAGUGUUAAGUAAAUGCAUUAGCCAGCUAGCAUCACUGAAUGUUGUAGGUCCACAGUACGACGAUUUUAAUGUUUACAGUCAAUACAACAACCCAAAAAUGAACACUGUGAAGGAGUUAACAGACGUAUAUCACAUUGGUGUAUAAGCUCACUCACGCUGCUGGGUUUGUUGUUUGUCACAUGAGCUUAAAUCAGCUGUUAUGUUGUUGUGAGCACGCGGUAGAGUGAAAAACACCCACGAGAUGCAGUGAGACAGACCAGUCAGAGGUAAACAAACAGGCUGAUUGUGGUUUUGGACGAUCUUGUUAUUAAGUUGUUAUUCCUGAGAAGGUUUCUGUCGAUGUUACAUAUUCCACAUUGUGUAUCACACGUAAUGCCCUUUUUUUUCUAAGAUAGUCCAGCCUAACUUAAUGUCAUGAUAAAUUUAGUUAAAAUGAAUCCCCUGUAGAUCUGAUCACCAACUUUCUGCAGUUAUUGCUGUGCACAAUGUUUGUAUACUUCUACGUCUGUAAGUUAUUUGCUUAUGUGUGUAUGCUACUCUCUCAUCAGCUAUUUUGCUCUCAUGGGAGCUCAUGAAGAGGACUCUGUUCUGCUGCAGACGUUAACCAGGCCAGCAGGUCUUCACCAGGUGAGUGCUGUAUCUGUUCCUCUGUUUCACAUUAAAGCAGUGGUUCUCAAGUCCAGUCUUUGAGACCCACUGUCCUGCAUGUUUUGGAUGUUUCCCUGCUCCAACACACCUGAUUCAAACGAUCAGCUCACUAUCAAGCUCUGUAAUGGCUUAAUAACAAGCUAAUCAUUUGAAUCAGGUGUGUUAGAGCAGGGAAACAUCCAAAACAUGCAGGACAGUGGGCCUCGAGGACUGGACUUGAGAACCACUGCAUUAAAGAGAUAUGACUGUGUACUGAUUCUUUUGUUUCAUGCUGCUACCCCCCUCUCCAGGUUUCCUAUAAUUCUUAUAUUUUGUUUGCUUGUCUGCCACCCUCUGGUGGAUCGUUGAAUUGUUUUAAAAUCAUGGCACAUUGUACUCAAGUGCUUUUUAUCUCAGCCUGUAUUGGUUAAAGUAGUGUGGUCACAAAAAAAAAAAGCCACAAUGAAAGUUACUGAUGCAAAAAAAAAGAAACCGAAGCCUGCUGCAAAUAAAAAAAGAAACAGUGCAGAUAAUUAAAAAAAAAAAAAAAGCCACAACGGAAGUUAACGGUGCAAACAAGUGGCAUUGCAAAAAAAAAGCCGGAGACCAAUAACGAUGAUGCACCGGUGUUGUAUGAUCUCGCUAUAGAAGACAAGCAAAGAAAUAAGUGGACAGGUUAUUGAUUAAUUUCGCUUUGUGCACUUUUCAAUGUGUCAUUUGGUCAGGCCAUGUUGCGCCUGAAUCGAUAUGAAGUUGAACUGAAGGAUGCCGGUGUAGUGUUAGCUUUGGCUUACAUGGGAAACCCACUUCGCCUGAAAGACCACCCACGAGAGGAGAAUUGAGUGCAGUUGUUUUACGGUUUUAUUGCUUUACUCAUAGAAAUAAGUAUGCAGACCCCUCGCUUUUUUUCAUUGUUGGUCCCUGGCAGCUCACUCCCAUUGUGGCUUUUUUUUUUUAUUUGUAUCCUUUUAUUUUUUGCGCAGUAAGUAACUUUUUACGUUAACUUUGGUUGUGGCUUUUUUUUAAAAAAUCUGCACCGUUUUCUUGUUUUAUUUGCAGCGGGCUUUGGUUUGGUUUUUUUUUUUUUUUUUUUUUUUUUUUUUUUGCAUCGGUAACUUCCAUUGUGGCUUCCUUUUUUAUUGCAUUCCUUUUUAUUUGCAGCAGUGGCAGUUUCGGCCACUGUACACACUAAAUCUUGAUGCAUCUUGUCAGUUUGUUGUUUUUGAUCUUGUUUAAAACUGUUGCUCUCCCUCAGAAACAUGGAGAAGAUGUCACGGGUUACCACAGCCCUCAGCAGCAGUGCUGUCACUGGCAGGACCAUGUUCUGCCACUUGGAUGCUCCUGCCAAUGCCAUCAGCGUGUGCCGUGAUGCCACACAGGUGGUGGUGGCAGGCCGAAACAUCUUCAAGAUCUAUGCACUGGAGGAGGAGCAGUUUGUGGAGAAGCUGAAUCUCAGAGUUGGCCGCAAGCCGUCUCUCAACUUCAGCUGUGCAGAUGUGAUGUGGCAUCAGAUGGAGGAGAACCUGUUGGCCACAGCUGCAACCAACGGGGCUGUGGUCACCUGGAACCUGGGAAAACCAUCUCGUAACAAACAGGACCAGCUGUUUACUGAACACAAACGUACCGUCAACAAGGUGUGCUUCCAUCCCACAGAGGUUUACAUGCUGCUCAGUGGCUCGCAGGACGGCUUCAUGAAAUGCUUCGAUCUGCGCAAAAAGGAGUCUGUCAGCACUUUCUCCGGUAGGAUAACAUAAUGAUCAUCAGAGUAUUGCAGUUAGUUCUACUUGAGAGAAAAGCAAAGUCUAGCUCUUUUGCAGCACAUAUACAGUAGUUCAUUUGUAUUAUGCUUUUACAGUGCAAUUUAGAGUUUGGAGAAACUCCUCGGGAACUUCUCUGCAAACUUCAUAAGAUUGCUGCAUACUUAAAUCCUGUUUACAGUACACAGGAUUUGAUCAUGUAACCUUAAACCUCACAUGCAACCCUCUGUGCAAGAGCAAACUCGACGAUUUUACUAUCGUAAAUUAGGAGAUAAACUAUAUUUGUGGUUCUUUACAGUUAAUUUUGAUCUUCAAUUUUUCUUCUAGGCCAGUCAGAGAGUGUCAGAGAUGUCCAGUUCAGCAUGAAGGAUUAUUUCACAUUUGCUGCUUCCUUUGAAAAUGGCAACGUCCAGCUGUGGGACAUCAGGCGGCCGGACCGCUACGAGCGAAUGUUCACAGCUCACACUGGCCCUGUGUUCUGCUGUGACUGGCACCCUGAUGACAGGUAAGAGACAGCGACUCUGACAGGAAUCAGCUGAAUAAGUAAAGGAAUAUUAAACUAUCUUGGGUCAUGCUGCUUGUCUCUACAUGUACAUUUUUCUAUUUCAGGGGCUGGCUGGCCACUGGUGGGAGGGACAAGAUGGUAAAAGUGUGGGACAUGACAACGAACCGGGCGAAAGAGGUUUAUUGUGUUCAGACGAUCGCCUCGGUGGCUCGGGUUAAGUGGCGUCCUGAGAGAAAGUUUCAUUUAGCCACCUGCUCCAUGAUGGUGGAUCACAACAUUUAUGUUUGGGACGUCCGCAGACCUUUUAUUCCCUUUGCAACCUUUGAGGAACACAAGGAUGUGACUACUGGUAUUGUGUGGCGCCACCAGCAUGACCCUCACUUCCUGCUGUCAGGCUCUAAAGACAGCACACUUUACCAACACAUGUUCAAGGAUGCCACUCGUCCUGUGGACAAGGCCAACCCUGAGGGUUUAUGUUUUGGUCUGUUUGGUGACUUGGCCUUCGCAGCUAAGGAGAGUCUAAUCAGCAGUGAUCCCAACAGGAAGCCUUAUCCUGGAGGGGACCGCCGCUACCCCAUCUUUUUCUUCAAGAAGCCUGAUCCGACAGAACAGUUUGCCCAUGUGUCCAGUGCCCUCAGCGUCUUUGAGACUGAUUUAGACAGUAAUCGCAUGGACUGGUUCGUGAAGACAGCACAACUCUACCUCUUGAGUGGGAAACCGUUUGCUGAGCUGUGUGAUCACAAUGCCAAGGUGGCUCAGGAGCUCAAAAGACCCCAGGUCAGACACGUCAACACAGACAAAAACAAGUGAUAAUUGCUGUUUCUUUUCAUGUCAUCCACCUAGAAUCUAAAAGUAAGUGUCAAUAAUGAAACAUGUCCAUUAAAAUCUCAUAGAGCAAAAUAUGAAGUCCUAAAAUGUCACUUUACAUUUGAUCUGAACCUUAACAUGUGAAAUAUAGCCAUAUAGAUAACAAAGAACAACAACAAGUCAGUGAUUUCUGUAAUUAAACCUGAAACUCAGAUUGUACUAACCAAGUCUCUUUUUCUUUAACCUGAAAAUGCUUGUUAGAGUUGCAGCAGAGCUCAUGAUGACUGUGCAAAAAGUUAUUUUUAACAAUACUUGAGUGAACUUGUGGAUUUAAUCCCACUUUAUUAUGUAAGCCACAGUGUUUUCAGUUUCUCAUUUAGAUUUGUUUCAUUUAGCAUCAUUGGCUUCUUGUGAUUUUGUCUGCAUGAUAUAAAGGCUGAGUAUUGGCAGUAGCUUCCAUAGAUGUAGAAGGCUUUAAGUAACCAAGGUAACCUCCCCUUAGUCUGGUCAUUUUGACUUCAGCUAUGUUAUUACAGUUAACUAUUACUAUCCAACACAAAGUGUCAUAAAUUACUACAAGAAGAAAUGUUACAUGUUGUACUUCUGCUCUUCAUGAAUUGUAAAUUCUAUUUUCUUUUUCUUGAAUAUGAAGGUUUCCACCACAUGGACCAUGUUGAGAAUCAUGUUCUCAGACCCCGCAAACCUCACAACAACUGGUCCAAACCACAACCUCAGUAAACUUGGCACCUUGCCGUUAAUGAACAGGUGAGUCAACGUUUAAUCGACUAUUUACAAAAAAGCAUUACUCGUCUUUUACAGACUAAUGUUGAUGUUUGCGAUGCUGUCAGUUUCAGUAUGAAGGAGAUGGGUACAGGGAUGGGUACAGAGAGUAGACUUGAGCGAGGUAAAGGUGAGAGCAGGCAAGACAACAUCCACCUGGAUCCUGGGAACUCACACAUCAGCAAUAAUAAGGAAGGUGAGAGUGGAAGUCAGUAGAGUGAAAAGCCCUGAUAGUUAUCUGUGUGUUGUUUUUAUAAUAUCGGUGUAUUGUCUGAAUGUAUUAUCCUCUCAGAAAAUGAGGAGACUGAAGGCAGCGAGGGCCAGGCUGAGUACAUGUUCGGUGAUGCCGAGUUAGAUGAUGAUGAUGACCUCUACUCUAUGGAGCACGACAACCAAACAGGUCAGUCCGAAUCCCGUUUCUGAACCUGAAGAGUUGCUUACUACAGGUUUUUCUAUUUAUAUCUGCCUACACACUCAGCCCUCUUUUGUCCAAUUUUAUCUCUGCUCCCUUUGUCAUAACAGAGGAGCAGGAGUACACGCUGCCCCAGGAGGCCUUUCAGCUCCGCCACGAGAUCAUGGAUAACCCUUCUGCUCCGGAGCACCUUCAGCAGGACAAGUCAGACUCUCCGCAUGUCAGCGGCAACGAGGCAGAGGUCACGUGUCUGACGCCCAUCGAGUCCUUCUCCCUCAUCUCCAUCUCCCAGCCACUGUUCAGCCCGCAUCUACCAGCCAGCUUCUUCUGUCCCAUUGUGAGGGAGAUGCUGAGCUACUAUGCUGAGCAGGGAGACGUGCAGAUGGCUGUGUCCGUGCUGAUUGUUUUGGGAGACAGGAUCCGUAAGGAGAUUGACGACCUUACACAGGUCAGAUAGAAAAAACAACUGCAAUGAAAAACAGUGUUCCUACAGUUAUGUCAGAGUUUGUCCCCUUUUUUUUGCGCAAACAAAUUCAGCGUGUAAACAAAACCGCUUGCAAAGUUUAGGAUUUUAAGUCUUUCUGUUUAAACGUUGGUUGUAAAUAAUCUGCGAUACGAAUGAAAGCCGAUCAUUGCAAUUUCAGUGAAAAAACCUUGAAAGAGUUGUGUUUUCUUUCCAGGAGCACUGGUACAUGUCCUACAUAGACCUCUUGCAGCGUUUCGAACUCUGGAAUGUGUCCAACGAGGUCAUCAAGCUGAGUACGUGCAGCGCCAUCACCUGCCUGAAUCAGGCGUCUACAACACUGCAUAUCAACUGCAGCAACUGCAAGCGGCCAAUGAGCAACAAGGGCUGGAUCUGUGACAGGUAUGAACACCUACACUGUAGAUUUGAAUUACUGAUUGUCAAUCUCAUACUGCUGCCCCCUGGUGGGGUUUAAUGGUACUGCCAGUAGGGCUAUUGAGGCCAUUGUAGGGUCAAGGUUCAAGGUCUCCUAUUUUUGCUUUAUAUUCUCUUCCUGAAAAAAUAAAGAAUUUGAUUUCAUAUUUUUGGGCAGUAUUGUUAUUUUCCAAAAGCUCACUUAUACAGUGUUUUCUGAUUAUAUGCUAAAAAAGAUAUGUAGGAAAUUCUUUAUUUGAAACUAAGUGUUGCUCAAGAAUUGUGGGAUUUCAUGUUUGGCAAGUUUCACAAUUUUAUUAGACUCCACAUUGGCCCACAUCUUUCUUGAGUUUGCAGAAUGGAUACUUGUUUUUUUGUGUGUGUCAAACAGGAUUGAGUUUGUGUCUACAAAGUAUAAUUCAAAGCACACCAGGGCUUUUGUUGCCUUUUAUUUUUGUCCAUCCUCUCCAAAUUUUUUGUUUUAAAACAAGUAAGAGUUUGUGGAUUUAAGACUGUUGCUUCAUGAGGACAAAAACUUGAUUAAAACUUUUUAAAAUCUUUGUGCUUAAAGGUUUGAGCUACUGCUAAUAGCAUCACUAAAUCUGCUUAAUGACCAAAUAAGUUAUUCUGUUUAUGAAGUUCAAAAGCCACAGUGUAGAAAUGUCUAACUUUUUUAGUUUUUAGAGGGGUAGCAGCUGGAAUACUCCUCGGUAGUGUUCCUGUUUUUUUUAAGAAAGUGUCUUAUAAACAUCACUGAGUGGCUGGUAUCUCUCCUCUAGGUGCCACCAGUGUGCCAGCGUGUGUGCAGUGUGCCACCAUGUGGUGAAGGGACUGUUUGUGUGGUGUCAGGGCUGCAGCCAUGGAGGACAUCUGGAGCAUAUUAUGAACUGGCUUAAGGGCAGCACACACUGCCCUGCUGGCUGCGGUCACCUUUGUGAAUACACCUGAACUCACCGACAACACCGUUCACACAGCUGGUGCUCCGUGGGAGAGGGAAUCAGUCUGCACAUCGGUCUCACACCACAGACAAAAAGUCCUCUUUUUUUACAUAAGCCUGGAGUUUGUGUGUGUUUGUGUGUGUGUGUGUGUGUAUGUUUGAAGAAAGAUGAGUCCAAAGCUCUGAUUUAUGGAGUCGUACUAAGGCAAAGCUUUUUAUGUGCUCCCCUGGAAAGCCAUCAAAGAGCAAACACACAUCAUGUGUGGUUUAAUUUUAUAUUUGUAACCAGAUGUUACAGCAGAUAUUCAGGCAGUUUUUGUAAAUUCAUGCCUGGCUAUAACUUACACUUACAUUUUUUAACCCUUUAGUAAAAUCCCUAAAGCUCAUCAAAGGUGGGCUGUGAACAUACAAAAAAUAUAUUUUGAAGGACUGUAGAUUAUGCUUAAUAAUUCGUCCCCCUUCAUACCAAACACACAUAACUGAUUCAUGAAGUCUGUUUCGUCAGCUGUAUUGAAUAGAAAGUAGCCCAACACUGUGUCAGUGAUUCAAAGAUGGAGUUAAAGUCUCUCUAAGCUUUAUAUUUUCACUCUGCAGCCCAGCAGAUCAGGUUUUCUCUGCAUCUUGUUCUAAUGCAGCAGGGAGGAUAUAAACUCCUGCUCGAGGGCACCUUAGUGAGACAGAGAACACCACUUAUUCAUUUCCCCUGACUGUGCUGGACUUUCAUAGGCUCAGUAAUCCAAACAGGCAACCUGCCAACAUAUGUAGCCUGUAGUCCAGUGGCUGAAUGCAAUAUGCUCUUCUCCGAGUCCCAUCAGGGUUUUUAGAGGUACUUCUUUGGUUUACAGUACUGAGUGAUUGUAAAGUUCCCUGCUGCUUACAUCCUCAGAUCAUCUCCUAAAUGUUCACCAAUGAAGAUAUGUUCAAAGCAGUCUUGGUCUUGAACCAAAGAAGCACCUCUCUUAUCCCAAGGGUUAAAAACAGCUCACAGUGGACUGUCCAAAAGGACUGUGCUGCUCGUGGGUUGCUCCAGUGUUUUUCUCUUAUUUUGACUUUUAUUCAUGUAAAAAUAAACACUGCACUCCUCGGCUAUUUCUGCUAAUGAACAUUCUCAGAAUCAAGAAAUAUUUUAAGCUGACAUGAGACUAUAAAAGGUUUUGUACAAGGAUGUGCUGCUUUCUCACAUUCGACCCCGGUGCUCGAUGAAAUCAAAACUGAAAAUUAGACUUCUUGUAAUCAGUUUUAAUGCAGAACCAAGCACAGAUCAACACGUUUUGGCACUGUAGAGAUUUUUCAUGAUUCCUAGGUAAACACAGUUUUACACUGAAAAGCGUGUCCAUAUAUAACUGAGCACUGAUUUACACCAAUGAACCGUAAAUGAAGAUCAGUGCAAUACCAAAAUCAUCCCAUGUCUAGAAUCUGUGUCUUUGUAUUCAGACAAAGACUUUCAGCUAAAUGAAUAUAAACAAUUAAAAAUACUUCCUCUUGUAUGAGAUGAUUUAUUGCUGUGAAUUUUGAAUGUUAUUUUUCUUCUAUUGGAAAUUCAUUCAGCAGGACAUGGAUUUUUUAAACCUCUAAAAACAGCAUACAAGGGUUUCACUUCAUUAAAGCACAGCUAUGCAGAACAUCUAA